CUCCUGGGUAAAGUGGAGCGGAACGUUUGGGCGCGUAAUUGGACUCUGUGCGUGAAACGGAACAAAAGGGUCUACGAUGGUUUUGGCUGUAUUCUAACUAUGGGCGCGCACAUUCUGGAGACCAACUCCAGCGGCAACUUGACUCCUGCUGUGUCCGAGGCUGGGACUGUCCUCCCGGGCUACCUGGCGGUGAUCUUAUCGGUCCUCAUGGUGACACUGGUUGUCGUGGUGGUGGCUGGGAACGCGCUGGUCAUCAUGGCUUUUGUUGUGGAUAAUAGCCUGAGAAUCCAAAGCAACUACUUCUUUCUGAACCUGGCUAUAUCUGAUUUUCUCGUGGGUGCCUUCUGCAUCCCGGUGUACAUCCCUUACAACCUGACAGGCCGGUGGAUGCUGGGUAAGGGGCUCUGCAAGGUGUGGCUGGUUAUGGACUACCUGCUCUGCACGGCCUCAGUCUUCAACAUUGUCCUCAUUAGUUAUGACCGCUUCCUGUCAGUCACAAGAGCAGUUAAAUACAGAGCACAGCGAAACAUGACCCGCCAGGCUGUGCUCAAGAUGGUGGCAGUGUGGGUGUUGGCCUUCCUCCUCUACGGCCCUGCCAUCAUCUUCUGGGAGACAGUCGUCGGCCAGAGUGUCGUCCCGGCUCAUGAGUGCUACGCCGAGUUUUAUUUCACCUGGUACUUCCUGCUCUGCGCUUCUACCUUUGAGUUCUUCACCCCGUUUGUGUCAGUAGCUUUCUUCAACCUCAGCAUUUACCUAAACAUCCAUCGCAGGACCAAGAAUGGAGGCGCCUGCUCUGAGGAAGAAGUCAAGACGCAAAGGAUCACUAAGAAGCACAAAGACGGAACAGGUUGGUCUGUGUUUUUUGUGAAGACUCGGAAGGUGUCGUCCAGUGAGCCUACUGCUAUCUCUGCGGUCAUCGAGGAUGACGAUGUCCUUUCCCCUUCCUCCUGUGGUGGGGACCCUAAUAACAGUCAGAUAUUCAUGCAGCGGGAGAAGUUGUCUCCUAACAGAAAAAACUCCAGGCUGUUUCAGCACACGGCCUCCUGCAUGGCCCCUGGCCGUGGGACGCUGGGAUCUCGUCUGACUCGGGACAAAAAGAUCGCCAAAUCUUUGGCCAUUAUUGUCUGCAUCUUUGGGAUUUGCUGGGCUCCUUACACUCUCCUAAUGAUCAUUCGUGCCGCCUGUAGCGGUAAGUGUGUGGCGAACUACUGGUAUGAGAUUACAUUUUGGCUUCUGUGGCUGAACUCUGCCAUCAACCCGUUCCUUUACCCCCUGUGCCACAGAAGCUUUCGAAGGGCUUUCUCAAAGAUACUGUGUCCGAAGAGACAAUCAGUCCAGCCUCAGAUCGAGGCUCAGUCUUGUUAGAUGAACUCAAUUGCACUUCCAUACUUUAUGAAUGCAGUAACUGUAGUUGGUCAACCACUGUAAAAAAAAAAAUCCAUAUAAUGUUCUUCCAUCAAAAAAAGAAAAAAAUCCAGUUUUCAAAAAUAAGGGACUGUUCUUUACUUAUCAGAGACGGGCUGGUGUAAGUUGUUUUUUAUUUGGACCCUCCCCAAAGCUAUUAUUAUUUUUCCUUGAGCCAAAUGUAGGAAUUAAUGGUUAACCAUCAAUCGGUUACCUGCAGAGAGUAUUUUUGACCAGUUACAUGUCAUUUGGAAAAUUUUGCUACUCUUCAGUUUACUGCACUGUGUACAGCCCCAGUCUGGUGGGAACUAGCUAGUGUUAGCGGCGCCGCUCAUUCGGCCAGUAAGGCUGGUAGUGCAACCCAACCCAACAGCACUCUAGUGGAAACAUUGUGCCCACCCUCUGCUAUCCCCAAAGCUCACUGAAAAAAACAUAGUGCUGUAAAACUCCUUGAGCAGUGCUGACUAUGUUAUUACUGGUAGCACUUUCAGCACAGCUAGUAGUGCUAACAUAGUAAACAAUGCUAAAAAGGGUGCGGGGUUUGCGGUACAAAACGAAGCCGCUUCAGCGCCCGACAGUGCGAGCGUUUCACUCGCAUUUGCGACUAAAAAUAGGUGUGUGCAAACUGUAAAAAA